AUGAGUGACGCAGAGAGGGCUCGACUGCGUAGAGCUAACAUGAGUUCUUCCCAGCGUGAGCGCACUCGGCUGAAGAAUGCAGAGAGACAGCGGUUACGCAGGACCCAGAGAAAAGCUGAAGAAGUGGAAGGUGAUCGUGAAAGAAAUCGCCUAUCGCAUCAGGCCCAGCGAUCGCUGCGCACCCAGGUUACCCGAGAGCAUGAGUGUGAACAGCAGGUCUCUAGACUAUCUCUGCAAACCGAGGCGGAUUGUGCGGCUUUACGAGAAAGAGACACUGAAGCCCGAGCCCUUCGGCGCUCCCAGCAGACAAAGGACGAGCGCACGGAGGAGCGUGAAGCGAAUGCUGUGGUUCAGGCUACGCGACGCUCCCAGCAGACUGACGACGAGCGUCACGUAGAGCGUGACGCCGACCGAGAACGUCAUACCAACGCUAGGGAACAGCAGUCCGAUGAGAGCCGCGACGCACAGCGAGAACGCGAUCGAGAGCGACGCGAGAUUAGAAGGGCGCUGCAAACGGAGGGAGAACGCGAAGAAGAACGCGAGCGCGUUCGUGAACCCCGUCGAACCACCCGCCACCGCGACGUACUUGCGAACCACGAAGAUUUCCGCCCGUCAAUGGUCACAGGUCCGAAUGUUGAUGAAGAGAACAGACGCCACCGUCCUUCUCCCACUACGGUGUGUGCCCACUGCAACGCGUGGAAGUGGCCUGGUGAAAGCAAGGUGGGUUGUUGUCUCGAGGGAAAAGUCAGACUAUCAUCUCUGGCUCCUGCGCCAGCAAAACUUCCUCAGCUUUAUGGAGACCCUGAGUUUCGAAAGCACGAACAAGCACUUCCUCCAUCAGAUUGGGAAGAAGGUCAUCCUGCCGUCUUCGCACCCGGAAGUCCGCGUCAGAUGUACCAAUCGUACCAAGACUCCAUGGCUAUCGUUAGGGAAUACGGCAAGCCUGACAUCUUUGAUACGAUGACUUGCAACCCCACGUGGGAAGAGAUCAAGGAGAAGAUUACUGAUCCAAACCAGACUGCCCAAGAUCGCCCAGAUAUCGUCGCGAGAGUAUGGCAGCAGAAGUUGGUUGCUCAUCUAAAAGACCUGGAUGAGAGUGUGCUUGGACGGGUUGCUGCUCGGAUUUACGUUGUGGAGUUUCAGAAACGUGGUCUUCAACAUGCUCACAUCUUAGUCAUUUUGGCUGACGAGGACAAACCCCCGCACGCGACAGAUCAUUGA